AUGACAACAAUUGCCACAUCACACCAGGAGUCAUCAAUUCCUCGCAAUAGAGUACUAACUACAUUUGGUCUUUCUAAAAACUUGUCACAACCAAUUGAUAUCAAAAUCAAUUAUAUGGAAUGUACAGAUGCCAAUCUUGAACUAGCGACAAUUUCAGAAAAGUUUACCAACCCAACAGUUUUUCGAAAAUUAUCCAAUAUAUAUAGAUAUCUGGACUUAUUUGUAACGAUUGAGGUCUAUGAUGGUAAAGAUAACAACUUGAUUAGUAUACCGAUCCAAACUUCGUACAAGGCAUUUAAUAAUAAGAAACGAAUAUGGAAUCAAGUGUUGAAGUUGGCAAUUGAUGGGAACCAAGUGUGGUAUGAUUCCUAUGUCAAAUUUACUGUGAUGGAGAUUGUCAAUACUGAGCCAUUUGUUUUUGGGGUUGGGUUUCUUAGUCUAUUCAAUCAUAAAUCGUCCACAUUGAGGAGUGGAUCACAUAAGAUACCUAUAUUCACCGAAAGGGAUGUGACUUCAGAGCAAGAAAAAUUGAACUAUGGGACAUUAACAGGUCAGACUGCACUAGAACAAGAUUUAAUCAACUACGAAAAUGGACAAUAUCCUCGAAUCAACUGGUUAGAUAAGAUUGCAUUGCCCAAGAUUGAUGUGACUUCAGAUUGUAAUCGAGAUCAUGAUUAUUAUCUAUACAUUGAGCUUCCCCAAUACGAAUUCCCUAUAAUAUAUUCCGACAUUACAUACAAUGUGCCAUCUUUAGAGCCACGAACACUGGUCAACCCACCAAUGAACAACACUACAAGCAAAGUGAUUAAUUCAAUUGACAUCCCCAUGUCUACCUCACUGGAUCCAAAAGCUACUAAAAUAUAUGAUCCAGAUUUUCAGUUGACUGCAAAUUGUGCCGUAAACUCAACGACUGUGGCAAAUGUAAAUUCCACUAAUGCAAAUGCAAUGUUGGAUCCAAUAGAGCUAAAGUUUCAUAAAUUGGAGAGAAACAUUAACAACAACUCUAUCAUUGAUAAAGACUUGAAACCAUCACCACAGUUACGAGAUGAGCUUCUAAAGAUUUUGUUAAAACCCUCCAAUGCUGAAUUAACCGAUAAUGAGAAGAAUCUCAUGUGGAGAUUCCGCUAUUAUUUCAGUAAGAACAAUUCCAACGACUCAAAUACCAAAGCCACCAAAUCAUUUUUGCCUAAGUUUCUCAAAUCAAUCAAUUGGGAAAAUGAUUAUGAGUUGGAUCAUACGUUUAAAGAGAUAUUGCCGUUGUAUUGGAGUGUUGAAAACUUACAAAUUGGUGAUGCGUUAGAAUUGUUGGGGAAAUUUUUCAAUCCUCAUGUAUUGGGAAAAUCAAGGUAUUCUGAUGAUAAAUUUGCAUCAAAAAGUGAUGAUGCUAAAUUGACGGAAGAUGAAUUGAGAUUUCAAAAAGUAUUUGAAAAUAUUUGUUAUUUGAGGAAAUUGGCAGUGGAGAGAUUGAAAUUGGCAAGUAGUGAAGAAUUGCUACUUUAUCUUUUACAAUUAGUCCAAGCUUUGAAAUAUGAGGCAUUGAUAUAUCAAGAUGUUGCCAAGAAGGAACAAGUGAAGAACGAGGAAGCAAAAGCAGACUUAGAUUGCAUGGAUCUACCUCUCGCGAAAUUUCUUAUUGAGCUGGCAGUUGAAAAUGAGCAAUUGGGAAAUUUCUUUUAUUGGUAUGUCAAAGUUGAAAAUGAAGAUCAAUUGAGCAAAACUGGGGGAAAUGAUACCAGUAUUUAUGCCAUCAUUUUAAACAAGUAUAUUGAAUGUUUGAAAAUAUUCAGUCAUGAACACAAAGUACCUUAUUAUAAACAUCUUAAACGACAAAUUUGGUUCAUUAAAAAGCUCACACAUUUAGUGGAGCUACUUCGAACAACUUUCAAAAAGGGUGAAGCGACUACAAAGAAAAUUGAAUUUCUUCGAGAUUAUUUAUCCUCAUCCAUUAAUGAGCUACUUAAAUUCCCAGAGCCGUUCCCAUUGCCCUUAGAUCCAUCAAUUAUGGUUUGUGGAUGUUAUCCCCAAGAAUCAUCUGUUUUCAAAUCAUCAUUGGCUCCAUUGAAAAUCACAUUGAAAACAAUUGAGCCCAAACAACGUAGUCGUCAAACAUCACAAAUAUUUGGUAAAAAAUCCACGAACAAAUAUGGCAAAUACCCCUUAAUGUUUAAAAUUGGUGAUGAUUUACGACAGGAUCAAUUGGUUAUUCAGAUUAUCAACUUGAUGGAUCAGUUGUUAAAGAAUGAGAAUUUGGAUUUGAAAUUGACUCCGUAUAAGAUCCUUGCUACUAGUCCUGUGGCAGGACUUAUUCAGUUUGUGCCUAAUGAAACACUAGACGUGGUUUUGUCUAAAUAUGCACAAGUCGCUCCACAAUUGGCGGGUGGGGCUACAGCUUCAGCCCCAGUUGGGUCUGAGGGUCACAAGGCAGCAGCUCCUUCUCAUGUUGCUUCCAAUGGAAUAUUGAACUAUUUGAGACUCCACAGCCAAGAUCAAGACCAACAAUCAAUCGAGCCAGCUUCCAAAAGCGUCUUGCAUAGCUCUUCCAAUACGGAUUCACCACCUGAGUUACCACCACAACCCAAAGCCACAAUCACAUCCGACCUAGGAGUCUCUCCACAAUUAAUGGACAACUACGUCAAAUCAUGUGCCGGAUACUGUGUUAUUACCUAUAUCCUCGGUGUUGGUGAUCGACACCUCGACAAUUUAUUGUUAUCACCCAAUGGGAAAUUUUGGCAUGCUGAUUUUGGCUAUAUAUUAGGUCGCGACCCCAAACCGUUUCCACCAUUGAUGAAAUUACCCAUACAAGUUAUUGAUGGAAUGGGAGGUAUGGAUCAUGAAAAUUUCCACAUUUUCAAAAACUACUGCUUCAUCACGUACACAACAUUACGUAAGAAUAGUAAUUUGAUUUUGAACCUAUUUCAAUUGAUGUUGGAUGCUAAUAUACCUGAUAUUACAAUUGAUCCAUCGCGAGUGGUUGAAAAAGUGCAAGAUAAGUUUUGUUUACAAAUGACUGAGGAAGAGGCCAUUUUACAUUUCCAAGAUUUGAUAAAUGAUAGUGUCAAUGCUUUCUUGCCGGUUGUUAUUGAUAGGUUGCAUAGUUUGGCCCAAUACUGGAGAGCGUGA